AUGUCUGACGAGAAAGUCAACCACGAGGCCCUCUUGGAGCUGUCCUCGUCGACAGACUCCAAGCACAAGUCUGUCAAUGACGAGUUGCUACCUGCCGGCGCCAACGACAGCCGUGCCGGUGAAAAGGGCAACAUCUUGUCCCAGUACUCGGAAAAACAGGCCAUGCUCAUGGGCAGAAACUACGCCUUGAAGCACAAUUUGGACCCAGACCUUUUCGCCAGAGCCGCUGCGUUGGCUAGAAACCCGCUCGAGUUCAACUCAAUGGAGUUUUUGAGUGAAGAAGAGAAGAUCUCCUUGAACAAGGAGGUCACCAGAAGAUGGCACAUUCCUCGCAAGUUGGUCGAGGUGAUUGCCCUUGGCUCGAUGGCCGCUGCCGUGCAAGGUAUGGAUGAAUCCGUCGUGAACGGUGCCCAGCUUUUCUACGUUAAGGAAAUGGGCAUCGACAAGAUGAAAAACGCCGACUUGCUCGAGGGGCUCGUCAAUGGUGCUCCUUACUUGUGCUGCGCUAUUGCCUGCUGGACUUCUGACUUCUGGAACAGAUUGUUGGGCAGAAAAUACACCAUUUUCUGGACAUGUUUCAUUUCGGCCAUCACUUGUAUCUGGCAAGGUCUUGUCAACUUGAAAUGGUAUCACUUGUUCAUUGCUCGUUUCUGUAUGGGUAUUGGUGUUGGUGUCAAGUCGGCCACUGUACCAGCUUACGCUGCUGAAACUACCCCGGCGACCAUUAGAGGCUCCUUGGUGAUGCUCUGGCAGUUCUUCACCGCAGUUGGUAUCAUGUUUGGCUACGUUUCGUCCCUUGCCUUCUAUUACGUUGGUAGACACGGCAUCUCUGGUGGUCUCAACUGGAGAUUGAUGUUGGGCUCGGCCAGUAUUCCAGCUAUCAUUGUGUUGUUCCAGAUUCCUUUUGUUCCCGAAUCCCCUCGUUGGCUUAUGGGUAAAGGCAGACAUGAGGAGGCUUAUGGUUCUUUGAGGGUGUUGCGACACACUGAAAUCGAGGCUGCUCGUGAUUGUUUCUACCAGUACGUUUUGCUUUCUGAGGAAACAUCCUACCAGGGUGUGCCUUUCUACAAGAGACUCUGGGAGAUGUUCAGCGUCAGAAGAAACAGAAACGGUGCUUUGGGUGCUUGGGUUGUCAUGUUCAUGCAACAGUUCUGCGGUAUCAAUGUGAUUGCCUACUACUCGUCCUCGAUCUUUAUUGAGUCCAACUUGUCUGAAGUGAAGGCCAUGUUGGCCUCAUGGGGGUUUGGUAUGAUCAAUUUCCUUUUCGCCAUUCCUGCUCUCUACACCAUUGAUACGUUUGGCCGGAGAAACUUGUUGCUCACCACUUUCCCAUUGAUGGCCAUAUUCUUGCUUGUUGCAGGUUUCAGUUUCUUGACCCCAGAGGAAAACAAACAUGGCAGAUUGGCUGGUGUUGCCGUUGGUAUCUACUUAUUCUCGGCCGUUUACUCGUCUGGUGAAGGCCCUGUGCCAUUCACCUACUCUGCUGAAGCGUUCCCCUUGUACAUUCGUGACUUGGGAAUGGGUUUCGCUACGGCCACCUGUUGGUUCUUCAAUUUUAUUUUGGCCUUCACGUGGCCUAGAUUGAGAAACGCCUUCACUGUCACUGGUGCUUUUGGCUGGUACGCUGCUUGGAACGUGAUUGGCUUCUUCUUGGUGUUGUGGUUCCUUCCAGAGACCAAAGGUUUGACUUUGGAAGAAUUAGACGAUGUGUUUGGAGUUUCUCUUAGAAAGCACGCUAUCUACAGAACCAGAGAAUUUAUCAACAACAUCAGAAAGUACGUGCUUAGACAGAAGGUGGAGCCUUUGCCCCCAAUCUAUCACCACCAGAGAAUGGCCGUGACCAACAAGCAGUGGCACGAGAAGGUCGAAGUAUCCCACGAGGAGGAUAUUUAA